GUUUUUCAAUUGUCUAUUUUCCAGCUUUCGUUGUCUAAUUCAUCUUGUCAGAAUAUGUAGGUUUGUUUCGCGAUCAGAGACCCAUAGCUGUUCGUUUCCGAGAUCUUAGUGUAUAAUUUCUUACAUUAUACAUUACGCGGUACAUUAUACAUCGUACUUGAUAUUAUCAAGUGCAUCGUUUGAGGUUGAGACCGAAAUUGAAAAUGUGAGCGGUACCCGUUAUUGAUAUCGGGGCCAUUCGAGAAACUUCGUUGGAAUCCCAGAUUUGAUUUUUUUAGCGCGAAGAAAUGUAAUACACUCGAGCGCAAACGUUAUGCUUCAAAGUAUGCAUGUUGCGCGCGCUAUAUACAUAGAACUCGAGUUCACAAAUCCCAUAACGCAGAAGAUUGAAUUUCGUGAACCAUGAAGGACUAAAAUUGCUCUUCGUUAGUUAGGACGAAGCCUGAUCGAAAAAUCCUCAAUUUGCAUAGGAUUAGCGCGACUCUUCGUUUUAUUUGUGAUUAUUCGCUAACGUGAACUCGUCACUGAUAGCUUUUACUAGCUGAAUUGCAAAGCAACUAUCAUCGGGAUAUGCAUGUAUAUAUAACAUGAAGGGCUAUUACUUUGAUUCGAUAAGCAGUAUUCAUUUAUACAUAUGCUUGCUUGGCUGUUCUGAAGGCGUGCGAUAAAGUGUCGAAAUAUGAAUCGUUUAGCGUUAAUAAUUAAUUCGAAUUUACGUCACUCGUAUGUUUGAGCAAGAAAUUAAUUAGUGAUUGCAAUGCAGAAUGCAAUUUGAAUCAGUGUUAAUCUGGGUUUGUGUUGAAGUAAAGAUGUGCAGUAUACAGUCGCUAAAGGAAUAAGUUUUGUUUGAUAUUUAUUUGACUCUGCGCAGAACAUGGACGACCCACAACAUCGCGGGAAACUUUUAUUUGCUUUGGCUGCUUUUCUUAUGUUCUGCCUUGGUAAAUUUAUGCCAAUAAAGACUUGUCAAAAUGAUGUAAUAAAUGCAGUCACACAACCCAACUGUUCAGAAGCAUAUCCAUCUGAUAUUCAUGCAUAUCGUGCAUGCAUGUCGGCAUUUGCAUUGCAGCACAACUGGUAUCCUUCUCCAAUUGCUGGCUUGUUCAGUUAUCCAGUGUGGAACGGAUUUGAUGGUUUUUGGCAAGAUGGUGCUGCGCUUGAAACGCUUGCAAAUUUCAUGUGGUAUGGAAACAAUACAAUGUACAAGUCCGUUAUCACAGCCUCUAUCCGCGAUCUUUGGUCUCUGUUAGUAGCUUACGGACCUCAGCCUUCGUAUGAUGAUAUGGGAUGGUAUGCUAUCAGCUAUCUCCGAAUACACGAAGUUUUAGGUCCUGCAGAUGAUGAUCCAACGUCAUACAACAACUUUUUUGGAGAAACAAUACAAAUUUAUAAUUGGAUUUGGGAAUAUGGAUGGGAUGAAUACGGGGAAUGUGGUGGAGGAUUUUGGUUUGAUCAGACGUUGGGAUCGAAACAAACUGUUGAAAACGCCCAAAUGUUGUUUCUGGCGGCAAAAUUACACCGAAUUACUGGAAAUGACAGCUUUGCUAAUCAAACUGAAACAAUUUGGAAGUUCAUUGACGACAAUAAUAUAAUCAACAAUGUGACAUUCCUGGUAGCAGAUGGAAUAAACCUAACUACGUGUGGCAGCGAUGAAGUUUACGGACCUUCCUACAACAUGGGACUGAUGAUAAGUGCUUUGGUUGAAGCUGGUCCAGUACUUAAUCGAACUGAUGAAUUUUUAAAUAUUGCUCAUAGCAUCGCAUUUGCUGCGAUAAAGUUAUUAACAAAAAAUGGGACCCUGGUUGAAUACUGCACACCAACUUGUGACGACGAUGCAAAACUGUUUAAGGGAAUCUUUCUACGAAAUCUUCGGUACUUACUUGACUACAUGGACCAGAAUCCUAGAAAAGGGGACGUUUUCAGAAAGGGAGAAUACAUAAGUUACUUACGUAACAACAGCGACACUGUAUGGAAGUCUGAUCGUUGCGAGCCGUUGAAUGAAAAAUGCGAUGUGAUGUUCACGGAUGGACCUUCACUGAAUGACGUAACAGUUGGGCCGGUUUUUAGCAAAGACUUUAGAGGACCGUACAAUAUAUCUAACCCAAUAACUCAAACGGCAGUUUUGGAUUUAUUCGUUUCCAGCAUAAAUUCGGAGACCAAAUGUGCAGGUAAAGACUGUGGUUUCGACCCACCACAACCUACACCAAAGCCACUUACUUGUAAAAAUAACCCAUGUCCGCCAAAUCAACCAUGCUGUGCCUAUUCCGACUAUUAUACUUGCUGUGAACCAUCACAAAAAUGUGUGGCUGGAUAUUGUGUAUAAAUCAAAACGACAAUUCCUCAACAAAAUGGAAUAUUAUUUUAGCAUUGAAUGAGUAAUUUGAUACUUAUUAUAUCUUAAAAAACCACAAACAUAUCUAUCGUGCAAUAAAGACUUGAUUAAACUAUCUGUUAGGAGAUUUCAGGAAGAAGAUAUUGUUCACUUAUUUAUGAUAUAUUUUGGUCAAAAAUUCCCAGAUAUUUUCAUAUUACUUAUAGUUAUACUUAUGCAUGUUCUCACCUUUCACUGUAUAUCAAUGUACUAUUUUUGUCGGUUUUGUAUAUAAAUAUAUAUUUCAAUAAAUGAGUUUGACGCAGUAGAAACAAAUAUCAGCAUGUUUGCACCAUUGCUACAACGUUACUUCGUAUACAAGAUUUGUU